GCAAUGCUUUGGACCUUACGCUCAUCCAGACUCUGGACGCUCCCAUGUCGUCCUCCACAACGCUCCUUUUCAUUCACCCCUGGACGACGGCUACCGCGCGUGCUCGCUGAAGGUGUACCCAAGGCUCCAGUGUUUCGGGAGGAGGUCGCGAAAGCGAAGAAACUUCCAUCGUUUACCGACGCAGUACGCAAUGUGCCUAUACGAAACCAAGUUCUGUUCGUCGUCGCGGGCACAGUUGGUACUCUGGCUGUGGGUGCACACUUGACAAACUACGAGCUGUUCAAGUGGUGGGCAUACAUUGCCUCUACACCGAAGGCUGGACUGAAGAAGGAUCGACCGCCUACCUCAGAGGAGCUGGCACGAGCCAAGUAUUAUGCAUUUGGGCGGCGACUACAAAACGGCCUCGUCAGUCUCAAGACCAACAUGGAGCAACUUCCCGAAACCAUCAAGGCGAUGGUCUCCUGGUCAUACAUACAGGUCUUCCAACCGAUCCUGAAUGCGUCCGAAGGCAAGCGCAUGUGCUGGGCUAUCGGCGCGGUGAACUGCGCCGUCUUCCUCGCAUGGCGUGUGCCACGCUGGGGCGCGUUCAUGAUGCGAAGCUUCACGCAUAAUCCGCUAUCAGGUCGUUCGUAUACGCUGCUCACGAGCACGUUCAGCCACGAAGGCUUCUUCCACUUGGCGUUUAACUGCCUGGCUCUCGCAAGCUUUGGCUCAGCGGCGGGUCAGCAGUUGAUGUUGUUGACCAAGAAGGUCGAGCAGGAGCGCGGCAUUCUAUCAGAGCCCUCGCCUAAGUGGCAUUUGCUCGCGCUGUUUAUCUCAGCGGGUCUCUUCGCGGGUCUGGUCUCGCAUGUGGCGUAUGCGCGCUGGAACUACCCCAGGAUGAUCGCCAGGCUUAAAGCCGCAGCACCCUCGCCAGCCGUUCUGCAUUCCGGCUCGUCAGCUUCCGCGGGCGCAUCGGCGGCGUCAGAGGCUGCGCUCGUAUCCGCGAAGAAGGCAACAACCGAUGGCCAGUACUCUCUUGGCUCGUCAGGGGCGAUAUAUGCUAUGUUUGCCAUCACUGCGUUGGGCUUCCCCGACGCGGAGAUCACGCUCAUCAUCCCUCCAUGGUUCCCGAUCAACAUACAAACCGGCUUCACCGCCAUCAUUGCUCUCGAUAUCCUCGGUGUGCUACGUGGCUGGAAGAUGUUUGACCAUUACGCCCAUCUCGGCGGCGCCGCAUUCGGUGCAUUCUGGUUCGCAUAUGGCGCGCAAAUUUGGUUUGCAAUACGCGAAUGGAACCUCCCGGUGGCAUACUUCUUCCACGGCCACGCGUUGAAGGCGGCGAAGGAGUCGACUUCUGCGUGACGAGCUCUAGCAGAUGCAACUGAUACGCCUCCGACACUCGCACUAGCACGUACAGUGUAUGAGCCCUCCAGUCUUACUUAAAGCUGUAGUAUGAACUCCUCCCCCCCGCUCUAAUUCCAGUUCGUACCC